AUAUAUAUAUAUAUAUAUAUAUAUAUAUAUAUAUAUAUAUAUAUAUAUAUAUAUAUAUAUCAUUUUAGAUUAAACAAUGUACCAUAUAAAAUACAUAAAUAUUUUAAUUUCAGAAUUUACUUUGAACAAUUUUUUUUUUGAUAAAAGCUUUGAACAAACAUUGACAACUUAAUUUUUUUUAAAGUUAUAAAUUACUAGAACUAUUAAUUCCAAAAUGAAAAUUUCGUUAUCAGUAAUUAAAAGUUUUUGCUAUAAAAGAUACACAUGAUCAAAAAAACCAUAUGAGUAGAAAACAUCAUUUAAAAGACAUUAAUAUUAAAAAUAUACUAUGUAUGUUAAUAUCUUAUAAAUUUAAUUAUAUAUUCUGUCAAAUAUAAAAAUUAUUGUUGGGAUUAAUAAAAUUGAUUUAUAUGUUCGCACCAAUUUAAUUAUAUAUGUAAUAGUUACUGAGUUUUAGUUAUUCAAUAUAUAUUUAUUAUUUUAUAAUAUAUAAAAGCAUAUAAUACAUAAAAUAAUUUACAUAUAUAAUGCCCAUCCUACGCAAGGCGCAUAUCUUAAUCUAGUAGAUUAUUGUUUAGUACUAUAUAUCAUGAUAAAAUAAGAAAAAUGGUUAUGGUUAAUUGCAAUACUGAAGUCGAUCCAUUAAUGCCAAAUUCCCUAUAGAGGUUUACCAUACCAAUCUACGAAAUCAUGAAUAAAGAAGUAGAUGUCCAACUAUUUUUAUUUCAUCUACAACGAGUCUCAAAUAUAAGACUAUUAUAUCAAAGAUUAAGUGACUGAUUUGUUUUAUUUACAGUAUCAUCUCCUUUUAUUCCUUCUCAUUUUGGGAGAGAAAAGAUGGACUCUAACUUCAAACUUUGAAGUAUGACCAUCAAGAUAUAUGUGCCAUGUUAAGUCACUUAGAUUGUGGUCCGUGGGUCUAAAAUUGCAUAUAUAAUUAAUCAGAUUCUUAAAGAUUAGCUUUCAGAAAAAAUACAUUCUAGAAGAUUGAUUUAGUAAACCAUCAAUUUCAAAAUCUAUAAAUUUAUAUAAGAGUAAACGAAAAUAAGAAUUCUUCUUUUGGUGGCUAUUUUUUGGUACAAGCGUUUGGGAAUUUUUUGUUGUUGGCUUGUAGUAUGAAGCUUUGGCUGUUUGUUUAGCUUCUGUGCUCUAUUGUAUUAUGAGCAGGUUUUAAAGUCGGGGUUAUGAUCUUUGUAUAAGAACGUUGAUGUGGUUAACCGUUUUUAAUAUAAUAGAUGACAAAAAAAAAAGAAUUCUUCUGCAAGGAAGUCAGCUCAGAAAUUCAAAGAACGAGAAAUAGGAUGACAAUCACAGCCUAAAUUGAAGAUAUGUUAAAAUUCCAGAUUAAAUAUCAAAUUUUGAUAUUUUUUUUAAAAUAUAUACUAGAUUUUGAUCUGCGCUUUCAAAGCACAUGUUUAUUUUUAAUAAUAUAAUACUUUUAAUAUAAUUUCCUAUAUAAUAUAUUGUAUAGAUUUGGAAAAAUAUACUCUGGAACCAAAAAAAUAAAAUCAAAAUCGUUCCUAGUUCAUAAAUACCGAAUCCUAUAUCUUUGUAAGAAAUAAAAUCGAAAAUGAACCAGAACCAAAUUGGAAAAUCGACUGAAUAAUCAAAUUUUAAAAAUUAAAAUUUUAUAUUUACAAAUAUUUAUCAUAUUUGAUUUCUCAAUAACUAACAUACAAAACACUAUUUAUUAAUCAAAUUACCCAAUUUGAACGAAAACAUAUAUAAAGAUAUAACUUCUCAAAAUUAAUUCACUGAUAACAUUUUUUACGCAUGUAUAUAUUUGAUUAAUUCAAACUUGGAGAUCAUAUGUCUAACUUGGAUAAAUAUUGUACAUGUUUUUAUCAAGCUUUUUUCUUUCAACCUAAAUUUAAUGGGUCUCUGCGUUUUGACCGUCUUGUCCAACAAUGGUAUGACAUCUUAUCUUCUUAAUUGACUGUUUAAUAUUUAAAAAAACAUAAUUUACGUUAAAUUAAAAAAAGACUGAGCUGAUUACUUUUGAGAAGCUUGUCGGUGGAAGAUGAAUCGAGUAACCUUCAUUGAUGGUCUUUCAAAACAGAGAUGUAUUAGUCUACAUAGCUCCUGAAAAUAACAUGGGUAAUCUCUCUUCCAUGGUAGAUCUAGAACCUGUAUUUAAUUUUUAUUUUGAUUUUUUGAACUAUAAUGAUAUUUUUCUUUAGAAAAAUGAAUCUGACAACAGAUCCUGCAAAUACAUGAGAUAUUUUCUCAGGUUCUGAAAGUAAUCAGCUCAAAUCCAUUUAACUAACUUGAGAGUGCGACUUCUACAAAAAGAUGUUCUUAUGAGAUGUUUAUUGGAGAAGAGCUUCCACUCAAUAAGCUGGAACACAAUUUUUUUCUAAUCUAGAGAAAAAUAGCAACAAUCUAAAUCAUCUGAAUUGAAAUGAUUGGAGAUCCAGACUCUUCUCUCAACUGAGACCUAUGCCUGGCCCGGCCCUGAGCUAAAGAUUCAUGAAGCAUAGGCUUUGGACGCCAAGGCAUAGAAUGAUACCGGGCCGGCUCUGCUUAGACCACUCAUGAAUGCUUCAGGAAAAUGGAUUUUGCAUAGUCCAAAUAAAAUAGAUUUGAGACCGAAUCACAAUGGUUUCGAACUUUCGAAGCAAAACAACAACACUAUGAUAUGGGCUAAAGUCUAUUUAUCUAAGUCAUGACGAUGAAGUCCACCGGGUCAGAUAUUGAUCUAAACGUGAACCCAAUUGAGAAAGAUUGUAGGACUACUAAUGGUGUUUUCGUGGUUAAACGAAAUAAUCAGGGGCAGGAAGAGAAAUCUCAAGUAUCGAGGCACUUCAUGAUAUCUUUUUAUCAUGUGGGUCCAAAUCCUGCCUUUUACUUUACAGGCCGGUCCUUUAUUUGUCUAAAUUCUUCCUACGUAUUUUCCCACUGCAUAUACUACGGAAGUUACGAAAAUACCCAUGCUUUGUUAUAAUACUCUUAUGAAAAAGCCUCUUUCAACCUAAGUGGCAAUACAGGUAAUAAAGAUACAAAGCAAGGGUGAAAAACAAAAUGGGGAAGUCGUAAUCCGUGUCCCGUCUUAUUAUUCGUCGGAGCUUUUUCCAUUUACCUUUUUUGCUUCUCUUUAUUUUAUUUGUUUAAUUUUAAUAUUAGUGGAGUAUUAUUUAUUUUUUAUAAUAUGUUUUUUUGUUUUUGUUUCUGUCUUCUUCUUCUCGUCCUUCUUCUUGACUUGUCUCCUCUCUCCGACUCCGACAGUAGUUUUGACCGUUGCUUUCUCCAACGUCUCUUCCCUACAGAAAAUCCUCACGCUUACUCCUCGAGCUUCUUUUGACUAUAUAACACAACCCUAUUAGGUUUUGGUUUUUUUUUUCUCUGGGGUUGUUCAUUACAUUUUUAACAUCUCACUCGAACAAGUCCAAGAUUUGCCACUUUUAUCUCAUGUGAGUUUCUGUCAGUUUUGAGUAAUUCCACAUUUUUAUUGGAAAUAAGCAAAAAUGGUGCAUUGGUUUUAGAUUUUCUUGAAGAGGGUUUAAAGAUUUGAAGACUGUGAAGAGCUUUUUGUCUUGUCUGUAUGAGAAACGAAAAAUAAUGUCUUUUUCUUCUCAUUUAAUGUGAGUUGAUAGUAAAUAGCUAAAAGUCCACUCUUCUUUGUUCUCAGUUGUUCUUCUUUGUUCUCAGUUGUUUCAUUACAAUGAGGUCUUGAUCUGUGGAUUUGAAGCUUGAGAUUAGAGAGAAAUGGGAUGUUCUCACUCCAAGUUAGACGACGAAGAAGCUGUUCAGAUCUGUAAAGACAGGAAACGUUUCAUCAAACAAGCGAUACAAGACAGAACCAAGUUCGCUUCUGGUCACAUUGCUUAUAUCAACUCACUUAGACAAGUCUCUGACGCUCUCCAUGACUUUAUCCAAGGAGACAACAACUACAAGCCUCACGAGUUCGUUCCGGCUCACGACUCAUUUGAGGUGACUCCGGUUAAGAGAAUACCACCGAGCAGCAGCCGCCGUAGAAGCACCAGCAGGAGCGGCUGUGAUGAGUUCAUAACCAUUUCGCCUUCUUCCAUGCCUCCGAAAAUGAUUCAAGAAAAGCCAAGAACGAAGGUGAGAGCGAGCUACUUGAUGGCUAACAGAAGCAGACCGGUUCGUGUCGAGCAGAGAUCCCCUGAAACGUUUCGCGUUGAGUCGUUUCCACCACCGUCGAGUCACCAAUACGGAGAAGGAGAAGGUGAUGGUUUCUUUGGGAUGAAUGUGGAUAUGAAUGUGAACACUUCAGCAGCUUCUUCUUCUUCGUUUUGGAAUCCGUUGAGCUCUCCUGAGCAAAGGCUAAGCACUCAUAACAUUCCUCCUCCUUCGCCGCAGAACUCUCAGUGGGACUUCUUCUGGAAUCCCUUCUCUUCGUUGGAUUAUUAUGGUUAUAAUAGUAAUUAUGAUAGGGGAAGUGUUGAGACUCGUAGUGGUACUGUGGAUGAUGAGAUUAGAGGACUGAGACGUGUUCGUGAGGAAGAAGGGAUUCCAGACUUGGAGGAAGACGAUGAACCUCAGCCUCCGAGGUUUCAGAAUCAUAACUUGAAAGCAAACGAAGAUAGUAGAGGUAAUGUUGAUAAGAGUUGUUGCAAGGAGGAAGUUAAAGUUGAAGACGUUGAUGAUGAUGAUGAAGAUGAGGAUGAGGAUGAGGAUGAUGAUGAUGAUGAUGAUGAGGAUGGGGAGUUUACGGACAGUGGGUGUGAAAGUGAGAACGAGGGAGAUGAGAAAUGCGUUGGAGAGCAAGAACAGCGAACAGUUGAGGUGCCUAAAGCAGAAACUAAAGAUAAUGUUGUUGGCGUUGGGACGGUUGAAGAGGUGAAGAAUGUUGUUAACGUUGCAAAAAGAGAUACGCCAGGUUUCACGGCGUAUGUGAACCGGAGGCCAACGAGCAUGGCAGAGGUAAUCAAAGACCUUGAAGAUCAGUUCACAACCAUUUGCGACGCGGCUAAGGAAGUCUCGGGGCUAUUGGAAGCUAGCAGAGCUCAGUACGCACCAUCUCCUAAUGAUCACAGUGCAAUGAAGAAGCUGAAUCCUGUAGCUUUGUUUCGCUCGGGUUCAUCUAGAUCUUCCUCUUCAAGAUUCUUGCUCACUUCUUCUGGUGGUUCCGGGUCUGAAAGUAGAAGCGAUGUUUCAGAUGAAUCUUGCAUGGUUUCAGGUAGCCACCAAACAACACUGGACAAACUUUUCGCGUGGGAGAAGAAACUCUACGAUGAAGUUAAGUCCGGAGAACGUGUUAGAAGAGCGUACGAGAAGAAAUGCAUGCAGCUAAGGAAUCAAGACGUUAAAGGAGAUGAUCCUUUUGCAGUUGAUAAAACAAGAGCUACUAUUAGAGACCUUGACACACAGAUAAAAGUCUCUAUACACUCUAUAGAAUCCAUCUCCAAAAGGAUUGAGACUCUUCGCGAUCAAGAACUGUUACCUCAGCUUCUCGAGCUUGUUCAUGGAUUAACAAGGAUGUGGCAAGUUAUGGCAGAGAGUCAUCAGAUACAGAGAAGAACACUAGACGAAGCCAAAAUGUUACUUGCAGGGGCACCGGUUUCAAAGCGUCACAAGAAGAGACAGCCUCCAGUAAUGCCAGAGGCAAUCAACUCUCAAAGAUUAGCUCAAUCUGCUUUGAAUCUUGAAGCUCACCUUCGAAACUGGAGAGCCUGCUUCGAGUUCUGGAUCACGUCUCAAAGAUCCUACAUGGCAGCACUGUCUGGUUGGCUUCUCAGAUGUCUCAGAUGCGAUCCUGACCCUGAGAAAGUUAGAUUAUCCUCAUGUCCUCACCCUAUAUACCGAGUCUGCAUCCAGUGGUCCAAGUUGCUUAACAGCUUGGAGGAAAAGCCGGUUUUGGACAAACUGGAGUUCUUUGCCUCAGGGAUGGGUUCAGUGUAUGCAAGACAGGUUAGGGAAGACCCGAGUUGGAGCGGAAGCGGCGGGUCAAGGAGAUAUUCCGGGUCGGAAAGCUUGGACCUUGUGUUGGCUGAAGAUGUUGUGAUGACGCCUGAGAAACUUGCAGAGGUUGCUGUUAAAGUUCUCUGCCAUGGGAUGUCCGUUGCAGUGAGCUCACUAGCUGAGUUUGCUAUCUACUCGGCUGAUGAACACUCAAAGCUUGUUAACCAACCAGAGGACACGUCAGGGCAACGUCCGGAUGUAAAUUUCAAUUCCUAAUUGUUGUUUGGUGUUAGAGAGUUUAGAAAUUAGGUUAGGUUUUUGGCUAUCAUCAUUUGCUAUCAGAAGAUAGUUUUUAGAUGGAUGAGAUUUGUAUUAUUAGCAAGACAAAACAGAGUUAGUUCAGUUGAUUUUGAGGAUGAACAACAA